AUUGGCUGAGCGCACCCGGCGCUCUGAUCACGUGGUCACAUUCACCAUGGCGGCGCUGGAGGGCUGUGUGAGGCUGUGGCGGAGCCUGUGUCUUCAUGGGAGCUCCCGCCGUCACCUGGCAGUGCUGCUGGCCGGGAUCGCGCUGGGCGGGUCCCUCAUCAAGGAGCUAUGGCCGCUGCCGGACUCAUACCUCAACAACAAGAGGAAUGUGCUCAAUGUGUGAGUGACAGGUCACCUUCCAGCAGCCAGCUGUGACCCUCACUCAGAGACACAGAGAGACAGCCACUGAGAGAGAGACAGCCACUGAGAGAGAGACAGCCACUGAGAGAGAGACAGCUACUGAGAGAGAGUGACAGGUCACCUUCCAGCAGCCAGCUGUGACCCUCACUCAGAGACAGAGAGACAGCUAGUGAGAGAGACAGCCACUGAGAGAGAGAGUGUGUGUGACAGGUCACCUUCCAGCAGCCAGCUGUGACCCUCACUCAGAGACAGAGAGAGACAGCUAGUGAGAGAGACAGAGACAGAGAGAGACAGCUACUGAGAGAGUGUGACAGGUCACCUUCCAGCAGCCAGCUGUGACCCUCACUCAGAGACAGCCAGCCACUGAGAGAGAGACAGCCACUGAGAGCGAGACAGCCACUGAGAGCGAGACAGCCACUGAGAGCGAGACAGCCACUGAGAGCGAGACAGCCACUGAGAGCGAGACAUCCACUGAGAGCGAGACAUCCACUGAGAGCGAGACAUCCACUGAGAGUGAGACAGCCACUGAGAGCGAGACAGCCACUGAGAGAGUGUGACAGGUCACCUUCCAGCAGCCAGCUGUGACCCUCACUCAGAGACAGAGAGAGAGAGAGACAGCUACUGAGAGAGACAGCUACUGAGAGAGAGUGACAGGUCACCUUCCAGCAGCCAGCUGUGACCCUCACUCACAGACAGACAGACAGCUAGUGAGAGAGACAGCCACUGAGAGAGAGAGUGUGUGUGUGACAGGUCACCUUCCAGCAGCCAGCUGUGACCCUCACUCUGAGACAGAGAGAGACAGCUAGUGAGAGAGACAGCCACUGAGAGAGAGAGAGAGAGUGUGUGUGACAGGUCACCUUCCAGCAGCCAGCUGUGACCCUCACUCACAGACAGCCAGCUACUGAGAGAGAGACAGCCACUGAGAGAGAGUGACAGGUCACCUACCAGCAGCCAGCUGUGACCCUCACUCACAGACAGCCAGCUACUGAGAGAGAGACAGCCACUGAGAGAGAGACAGCCAGUGAUAGAGAGUGACAGGUCACCUUCCAGCAGCCAGCUGUGACCCUCACUCUGAGACAGCUAGUGAGAGAGAGAGAGAGACAGCCAGCUACUGAGAGAGAGAGAGACAGCUACUGAGAGAGACAGCUACUGAGAGAGAGUGACAGGUCACUUUCCAGCAGCCAGCUGUGACCCUCACUCAGAGACAGACACAGAGACAGCUACUGAGCUACUGAGAGAGAGUGACAGCUACUGAGAGACAGAGAGAGACAGACAGACAGACAGCUACUGAGAGAGACAGAGACACAGAUAGUGAGAGAGAGACAGCCAGCUACUGAGAGACAGAGACACAGAUAGUGAGACAGAGACAGCCAGUGAGAGAGACAGAGACAGAGAGAGACAGCUAGUGAGAGAGGGACAGCCACUGAGACAGCCAGCCACUGAGACAGAGACAGCCAGCCACCUACUGUGACAGUCCCUCAAAGAGAGACCCACCUACUGAGAGAGAGAGAGAGCCACCCAUCUACUGAGAGAGAGCUGUGAUGGUCACUUAGAGAGAAAAACCCAACCUACUGAAAGAGAGAGACACCUAUUUAGAGAGGGAGACACCGACCUACUGAGAGAGAGAGAGCUGUUAGUCACUCAGAGAGAGACCCCCACCUACUGUGACCGAGUGAGGGACUCCCACCUACUGAGAGAGAGAGCUGUUACAGUCAUUCAUAGAGAGAGACUCACCUACUGUGACAGAGAGAGAGAGCCUUGACAUAUAAUAGUAACAAUCACUCUGACUGAGAGAGAGAUAAUACAGACACCAACAUACGGUAAUAACCUCUGACACAGAGACUGACCACCUACUAUACUAUAAUAGUAACCUUCUGACUGACAGAGAGGGACCCCCUGAGUCACUCUGCCUCCAGUCACCCUCUCCCUCCGUCUGCCACCAGUCACCCCCUUCUUCCCUCACUCUGCACCAGUCACCCUCUCCCUCCCUCUGCCACCAGUCACCCCCUUCUUCCCUCACUCUGCACCAGUCACCCACUCCCUCCCACACUCUGUCACUAGGCACCCACUCCCUUACUAUGUCACUCUGCCACCUGUCACACGCUCCUUCCCUCACUCUGCCACCUGUCACACGCUCCUUCCCUCACUCUGCCACCUGUCACACGCUCCUUCCCUCACUCUGCCACCUGUCACACGCUCCUUCCCUCACUCUGCCACCUGUCAAAUGCUCCUUCCCUCACUCUGUCACCUCUUCCUUCCCUCACUCUGCCAUCACUAUCCCACCCCACACGAUGUGUCCUACACCCCUAUCACACCCUUCCCUAUGUGCCUUACACACUCUUCAUAACCUACAAAAUUACAUCCCUAUCCCAUACCACACUACAUAACCUACAUACCUUUCCCACACCUCACUAUAUUCCAUACACACACUACAUAACCCACACAAAUCAUUUGUCAAAAUAUAAUAUUUUCGGUUUUCGACCAAGGGCAUCCUGAAUUUUCGGUUUCAGUUUCGGCCCAGAAUUUUCAUUCCGAUGCAUCCCUAAAGUAGUAAUCUCUGACUAUUAAAUACACCGAGCCACCUACUGCAGAAUAAUAGCUAUAACGUCUGACUCUGGGCACCUGCUGCAAUAGAAUAUGAAUAAUCUCUGACCGCUGGGGGAUAUUGGUAAUAACAUUUGAUUGUUUAAGACUGUCUAAUCAGAGGACCUAAUUUUUUGAAAAAAUAAUAGCAAUUGCUAUAUGACUGACAUAAUGAUGACUUUAGUCCAAUCCAACGUUGUGACCUUAGGUGCAUACAUGGCAAUUGUUGUGCUCUGCCAAUCAAAUGGUUGUCACAGAGAAACAUUGAAUCUAAUGCUUUUACAUUUGGCAUCAUUAUGCUGGACAUUAAACUGAAUGUGAGGACCUUUUGAUUUUCAGAGGUUUUAAGAGGAAGAUCAUUCAGGAGCAGUCACUCUGGAAGCCACUAUACACAUGGUUUUUGACAAAUGUAACCUUGGCCUGUAAAAAGGGACAGGGCCUACGCACCAAAACCACUACAUUUAGAGUCUUUAAUGGGAUAAAGGGCACCUUGUGAAAUCAUAGUUCUGUAAGUCAUUUAAUAUAAAAAAAAUUACCUCUGUUUCAGGUAUUUUGUGAAAUUUUCCUGGGCGUGGACCUUCUGGCUUCUCUUACCAUUCAUAGCGCUGACCAAUUAUGCACUUACUCAAAGUGUCAGAUCAGUUCUACAACGUUUGAGCUCAUUGGUGGUCGGUACGGUAAUCUGGUACCUCUGCACAAGUUUUUUCAUGUAUGUGGAACAUAUCACAGGAAACUGCUAUGAGUCCGAAGUCCUGGCCGAGCUUAGAUCCCACCACAAAGACAGACAUGAGUGCAAGAUGAAUGGGGGUUAUUGGCAUGGAUUCGACAUAUCUGGACAUUCCUUUCUGUUGCCUUUUUGCAUCUUGACCAUUCUUGAGGAAACAUCAGUUCUUCUUGAUAAACGACUUGAGAAACACCAGCUAGGGACUGCUAUUAAUGCUCUCUUUGUGGCCCUGGGGGUAUUGUCCAUAAUUUGGGUUUGGAUGUUCUGUUGCACUGCUAUAUAUUUUCAUGAUGUCUGGCAAAAAAUGAUUGGAACCAGCUUCGGUAUACUGGGCUGGCAUGUGACAUAUCAAUGGUGGUACUUGCAGCCAUUUUCUCCUGGGCUUCCCCCUGGACGGACAUCUAAAGAUUUGAAGCCACACAGUUGCAACAAUUAAAUUUUUUUUUUUUUUUUUAGUUCUACAUAAUUCACAUUUAAAUUAUUCUUGAUUGUGAACAAUUACAAUUUAUUUAAUGCUAAUUGUAUCAAUUUUUAAGUAGUGGCCAACAGCAUUUGCACUGGACAUUUCUCCAGUAAAAAUGCCUGAUAAAAAAACACGUUAUAACAGAGCCAUACGGGCACACAUUUUACCUCCCUCUUCAAAAUUGUGCCUUUGUUGUAGAACAAGUUAAAUAGGUCUAGAAGUAAAGUAAGUAGCCUAUUAGCGGAACACUCCAAGCACCAUAACCACUAAAUCUCUCGUGCCAUCCCUCCAACCAUUCUUGCAAGGCCUGCACAUUGGCUGAGACUGUCUGCAAACCACAUUAUACACUAUUAUUUAAGGGAGAGAGUGUACGGUUACUACUCAUUUUAGAGAAUGGGGGUAACCCCUAUGAUUUAACAAUUAAUUCAAAAACGAGAGGAAUAGGGAAAAAGCUAUGAAAAACAACCCCUAUAAGUACCAGAGUAACCCAGCAGUUAAAACUUAAUUUCAAUUAGAAUUUAAAAACCGUUUUAACAAUUCAAGGAAUAAAUUUAUAGAGCUAUUAUAAAUCUUUGUAUAUAGUGUCAAAGAUUCAUUCUAAAAAAGUCAAUGUGGAAAGAAUUUCAAUGAUUGUAGCCUUUAGAGUGUAAACCUUCGUAUAAUUGCGAAAAGCUGACACAAAACUAUUGAGUUACACUGGUAAGAUUGGUAGUAAUGUAUUAAUAGAAGAAAUGAAAUAAAAAUUAAAACAUAAUCCGUGUCUACACCAAUACCAAUAGGGGUGUGUAAAGUGUAGCAUAAACACGAUCCCAAGGCAGUAAAAAGGAGGGGAAACAAGGGGUAUAUAGAAAACUUAUAUUGUAACUGGAGGGAGAGAAUCUAAAGAAUGUCUCUAAGCGAUUUCAGAGAAACUGCUAUGUUUGUUAGGGUUAAUCCAGCCUCCAAAUCCUCUAGUGGCUGUCUCAUUGACAGCCGCUAGAGGCGCUUGCGUGCUUCUCACUGUGAAAAUCACAGUGAGAAGACGCAAGCGACCAUAGGAAAGCAUUGUAAAUACUUUCCUAUGAGACCGGCUGAAUGCGCGCGCAGCUCCUGCCGCGUGUGCGCAUUCAGCCGAAGAGGAGGAUCGGAGAGGAGGAGGACAGCUCACCACCCGGCGCUGGAAAAAAGGUAAGUUUUAACCCUUUCCUCUCCCCAGAGCCGGGCAGGAGGGGGACCCUCAGGGCACUAUAGUGCCAGGAAAACGACUGUUUUCCUGGCACUAUAGUGGUCCUUUAAUCACACACAGGAGGCUCUUGCAGGGUCUAGCAAGCUAUUAACAUAGCAGGGGAUAAGAAAAUCUUAAUUAGACAGAACUUGCAAUAAAGAAAGCCUAAAUAGGGCUCUCUUUACAGGAAGUGUUUAUGGAAGGCUGUGCAAGUCACAUGCAGGGAGGUGUGACUAGGGUUCAUAAACAAAGGUAUUUAACUCCUAAAUGGCAGAGGAUUGAGCAGUGAGGCUGCAGGGGAAUGUUCUGUACACCAAAACUGCUUCAUUAAGCUAAAGUUGUUCAGGUGACUAUAGUGUCCCUUUAAUACCAGUGUAACUGGAUAGUGUUGUAUCAGCAUUUCACAAUUAUACUAAGGUUUACAGUAAGGGCUAUAACCAUUUAGAUUCUUUCCACAUUGACUGUUUUUAGAAUGAAUCUUUGACGCUAUAUAAAAAGAUUUAUAAUAGAUCUAUAAAUUUAUGACCUUGAAUUGUUAAUACAGUUUUUGAAUUCUAAUAAAAGUUAAGUUUUAACAUCUGGGUUACUCUGGUACUUAUAGGGGGAUUUUUUUCAUACCUUUUUCCCUACUACUCGCUUUCUUUGUAUAAAUUGUCCGUACUCCCCCCUCCACUAUGUGCUGCUGUUGAAUGGUUUGACUACUUUCUCUUGGAGGUCCUCUACAUUAGGAUGAAGUGAAUAUGGUGUUUGCAGUGUUCCUGUAAAAAGAGAUGCAAGCCUUCUUGUCUCUGUUCCUAGAGGCAAGAGACCUUGGUAGAAAAAUGUAUCAUUCAAAUUAUUAAAACUCAAAAAACACAUAUAUAUAAACAGAGCAUGUGGACAGAUUGAUAAUUUCAUAUGAAGGAUGUUUGAAAUAUUUUUUGUCAAACUGGAAUAAUUCUAGUAAGACAUUUUAAACUUUCAGUAACUGUGCAAAGAUUACACACGUUUGACUGUUGGCCAAACUAGACGCCACUCUGAAUCCUUGGAAAGCGUUUUAAAGGCUUACAUUUAAUUAGUUGGCAACGUGACAGUAAUACACUCCCUGUAAACCAAUUUACUAUAUUAAUGUUAAUGUCACGCUUGGGUAAUAUCUUGGGUAAUAUUUCCAAAGGAUAAAACAAAAGCAGACAAAAAAUGAUUUUAAAAAUUAUUCAGGGAAUUCACUGCCGUCCUGAAAAUAUGUGCAACAGAUGCACAAUUUGCUUUGUCAAUUAAUAAUUCUAACUAGAAUUCAGUGACAUUAGUGCCUUGGCACACGGUUACUGAGGAACUGAGAUUAAUUGGCAGUUUAAGAAGGCAGUAGAAACACAUCCGAGUCACUUGCAGGUUCCCUUAUAAACUAUAACAUCCUUUAAUGCCGGGUGAAAUUUCUUUAGAAAGGAUUAUCUAAGUAGGGUACUACUCUAUUGCCUUCUGUCUACAAAUUAUACAUUGGGGUUCCUGAAGGAAUAGUUGUUGUUUUUUCAGCAUAUUUCUGAAAUUAGAGCAGUCAGCAGGAACAUUUUAUUUAUUUCAAAAUUGACUGCCCAGCCUUUCACUACUCUGCAACAGUAUUAUAAGUUGUUAUGUACGUCUUAGCUCACUGCUACAUAUCACAGGCUGAAAAUGGCUCAAUGAUAUUGCAGGGGCCAAUUCUAAAACAAGCUAAUGCAUUGUAAAAUUAUCUCACUAUAUAGAUAACUCCUUAGAGGGGGUACGUUUACUCCAAAAGUAAACUAUAAAUGUUUAGGUUAAAAAAUGCAUUUUAUAUAAUUCAUUUAUAAAUGUAUUGUCCAAAGUCAUUAUGUAUUAGUUUAACCCUUUUCCUGAUGACUGCUUGUACUGCAGUAUUGCAAAGUUUCUGUAAGUUCAGCUGCAUGAAGCAAGUCAUUGUUUUUCUCAAAUUUUUCUUUUCACCUGAUUUGUUCAGUGUGAAUCUGGUUGAAAUACUUUAUUUUAUCUGGAAUAUUAAAGUGAGAAUUUAUCAUUUUAAAGCAGACACCAGAUGGUACCAAAUGAGAUGUGAUUUGGUUAAACGAAAUAACAUUUCAACUGGAUUUUUCUUUAGCAAAUAUGAAAAUUGCAAAUUUGCACUGCAUCCUGUUGUUGGGUAAUAACUCAGACAGUUUCUAACUGGUGUUAAAAUCAGAAUGUAGGAUUUGCCUACCACCCUUACCAGAUAGGUGUUUUUGGUGCUGAUGAGAGCUUCAUUACGUCUUGAAGAAACUAAUUUAGUUUUGAUGUUUAUCUGUCGCUCCUUGUAAAGUGGAUAAAAUAUUUUUUUCAAAAGCAUCUGUGUGCAAGCUAGAUUUGGUGCACUGUCCUGCCUUUAGAGUAAGUAUUUUCUUACAAAUGAGAUAGGCAUUUUCUGUAUUUAGUAAACUUUCUAUUUUUAACCAUCCUAAAUACAGGUUUUUAAAAUGUCCAGUUUACACGAUUUGCAGUAUUUAAAAUAAAUAUUUUGCCGUAGGUGAAUUAUAAUUAUUGGAAGUAUACCAUCACUUUAAAGGACCACUAUAGUGCCAGGAAAACAUACUCGUUUUCCUGGCACUAUAGUGCCCUGAGGGUGCCCCCACCCUCAGGGACCCCCUCCCGCCCGGCUCUGGAAGGGGGAAAGGGGUUUAAACUUAACUUUUUCCAGCGCUGGGCAGGGAGCUCUCCUCCUC